CAACAUUUCGUUUCGCUGAAAAUAGCACAGCACCCCCACCCCCAAAGGCAAAUAUCAAGCCAUCAGCCGCAGCCCAGUCUUGCAAUUCUACCCUGAAGAAUUCAUUAACAUUACUACAUAAACGUGCUCGCAUCAUACAGUAGCCAGACAUGCCCACACGAAUUCACAACACACGCUGAACCUUCAUACACACAAAACAUGGCCCCUCACGCCCCAACACCCCUUCCAUCAAACAUCCAGACACUCUCAUCAUCCCCCUCCUCAUCCCCAAUCCCCAUGUCCUCCCGUCUCUGCCCCAACGCCCGCUUCUGCUGGAACUUUGAAUGGAGCAGCUACACCCUCUCCAACGCCGACUCCGCAACCCUCGCACGACGAGUCUGCAUGAUUGUCAUUCUCGCCCUAAGCACCACGAUCGACGCAUUCACUGCCUUCUUCGCACUCAAAGGCAUGCAUCUAGUCAGCUUCGUGCUCGACGUGAUUCUGGGCGUGCUAGGCUUCUUCUUCAUUGCCUGGUGUCUCGUGCAGAUUGGGGAACUGAGGGGUGUGCGUAUUGUGCUGGGGAAGACGCUGACGAGGUCGCAUUUCGACGUGUUUCUGGGCGUCAUGGCGGUGUAUCAUGUGGGGUUGUUGGUGGGCUUGUUUACGGGGCUUAUGCUCUUGGGUGUGACGGGGACGGGGUUGGUAGCGUGGCUUUUGAUCUUUGCGGCGGCGUGGAUAGCGACCUGGACGCCGGAGUAUGGGAGUGUUAUGGUUUAGGUGUGAGUUGCUAGGUGGAGCCUGUGAUAGCGAAUGUGCUUGGGUCGUAUGCAACAUGUCCACUCUCGAUCCUCAAUCUCGCGCGCGACAUCAAUUCAUCUCGCGGAUCAGAGCCAGGUAGGUAGCCUGGACGAACGUCAAUUCGAAUCCUGGGCUUGUGUCCGCACUUCUCGAAGUCAAAGCAACAUCUCAGU